AUGGUUUCGAUACUGCCGGAUGAAAUUGUAGAACUGCCAGCUGCUACUACACCAAUGAGCAUGGAAUCUGCGGACAACCACUCUGGCAUGCGCCCCAGGAGCAAGGGUCACAAGAGGCUACUGAAUGGACUCCAACGGAUCUCGUCAAGCCCUUCGCUCUUGAAAACUGGCCGGCAACGCUCAUCGUCCCUUGGCUACCGGCGGCAAGGAAAAGCGUCAAUGUCUUGUGUCUCUCUUCACUCAACGUCAUAUACACAAUGCUUUGCAAGCCCAGCCUCGCCCCAGAUAUUUGACUCUCUCUCGGCCGGGAACAAUAACAACAACGUACCCCCCGACAGCCACUCAAUACAGGAUGAGAACAGAGUCCCGAUCAGGGUUGUGAUGUCAGAUGCUGCUGCUGCCGCCAUCAAUAGCAGUUCGCAAGGCUUUAUCCCGCUCCCUGCAGAUGUGCGACCAACGUCUAGUGAAGCAUUGAUAAAAGUGAUAACAGCGGCAGGCCCCUUUUUGAGAGACUUGAACCUCCGUGGCUGCGCCCAGUUGGAAAAUGCAUGGCUGGCCCAUGGAGAACGCAUAUCCGAUACCUGUCGGAAUCUGGUCAACAUAUGCAUAAGGGAUUCCAAGAUUAACCGAAUAACCUUCCAUUUGUUAAUACGGAAUAACCCGAACUUGACUCAUGUUGAUGUAUCUGGACUGUCGAUUGUCGGCAAUUCCUCCAUGAGAACCAUCUCCCAGCACUGUCCCAGACUGGAAUUCCUCGACAUAUCCUGGUGCAAGGGCGUCGACGCCAAAGGGUUGAGACGGAUUGUCGCCUCCUGUCCCCACUUGAAAGAUUUACGGGCAAAUGAACUGUCUGCAUUUGAUAAUCACGAACUCCUGCAACAGUUGUUUGAGAUUAAUAGCCUGGAAAGGCUAAUUCUGUCACACUGUUCCUCCUUAUCGGAUACGAGUUUGAAGAUUCUCAUGGAGGGUGUUGAUCCCGAGGUCGACCUUCUGACAGGCCGCGCUGUCGUUCCCCGUCGGAAAUUGAAGCAUUUGGAUUUGUCCCGCUGCCGAGCUUUGACUGAUGGCUGCAACUGUCACAAUGCCACAAUAUAG